CUCUCUCUCUUUUUUUUUUUUUUUUUUUUUUUUUUGGUUCUUUUUUUCGAAGCUGGGGACCGAACCCAGGGCCUUGAACUUCCUAGGUAAGCGCUCUACCACUGAGCUAAAUCCCCAGCCCCCCUCUCUCUCUCUCUUUUUUUUUUUUUAAGAUUUAUUUAUUUAUUUCAUGUAUGUGAGUACACUGUCGAUGACUUCAGACACACCAGAAGAGUCGCUGACUUCAGACAUGACCAUUACAGAUGGUUGAGAGCCACCAUGUGGUUGCUGGGAAUUGAACUCAGGACCUCUGGAAGAGCAGUCGCUGCUCUUAACCUCUGAGCCAUCUCUCCAGCCCCCCCCCCCUUUAUCUUUCUCUCUCUCUCUCUUUCUUUCUUUCCAAUCCUUUAAAUACUUUGUUCAAGUGUGCUAUCAUAGCAGCUGAACGUGUGGACCCAGGAUCCAAAAGAGCUAAUGUGGGCUGCAAAUCUUGGUUCUGGAACUCAGGAAAUACCACUCUUGCCACAUUCUGUUUCUUUAUUAACUCUGUGCAGAAGCCAGUUCACACUCAAAGGGAGAAACAAAAUUAAUAGUGUUUGGUUUCUGAGUCCCAGGACAAGGAACUGGGGUGCAUAUUUUACAUAUAAAAGCAGACCGUCCUCCAGGCUCUCCCAGCAUCCCUCAGUCCCUACCUGGCAUACCCUGCUCACAACCUUGAAUUUGUCAUUCCAGGGGCGGGGCUGCCUGCCAUUCCUGCCCUUCCCCCAGAAGCUCCUCCCUCUAUAAUCCAGACAUUUUGAGCUAGCUCUCUCUCUCUCUCUCUCUCUCUCUCUCUCUCUCCCCUCCCUCUCCCUUUCUCCUCUUCUUUCCCUGUGUGAGAACACUUUAUCUUUUUCUCUUCCCCCAUCCAUGGCAAUCCCCCUGGCCUCAAUCCUUGGGGGCAGUGAACUCACUCAAGAGCGGAUUCCUAAUACACCUGCCUUUAUGAACUGUUGUUUUUAAUGUCCUAUAUUUCUUUCAGGUAGUAAUGAGUUGAGUUUGGUGUUGUGAAAGUGUGCAAAGGUAUUUCAUUGAGCCCCAUAAAGAAUAUUAGUCACAAAUAUUACAGUCCUUUAAUAAUAUUUAUCACAGUUAUCAGGAUUCCAACCUGUGUGGGGAGACCCCAAUGGAUUUCUAGUCCAUUGCCUUAACCACUCGGCCAUGACUACAUAUACACCUGCCUUUAAUCCAAUCUGGCUUGAAUGGGCUCAUUUCACCAUCGGAGAAAAAACUUAGGGAGAAUAGAAAGUAUAUGCAUCCCACCUAAGAACAUGAAGAACUGGAGACAUUGGUCCAACUGUGGACCCAACCCCCACAGCACAGGAGGCAAAGCUGCACAUAAGAGGUGCAGUCAUCCGCUCAAAUCAGGUGUAAACUGAGUUUGCUUUGCUGCCCUGGAGAGCUCUGGCGUUGUGCAUACUAUGCACAUCCCCCACCACACCCAUUUAUUUAUUUACUUUAUGAGUCCACUGGAGCAGUCUUCAGACAUACCAGACGAGGGCUGCAGAUCCCAUUAUGGAUGGAAGUGCAGUCAGUGCUCUUAACCACUGAGCCAUCUCUCCAGCCCCUUAACUUUUCAUUAUUUAGGGAAUAAUUUUAUUAGUCUUUGCAAUCAAACUACUGUACAUAGACCUUAUGUGCUAAAUACAGUCUGUUGCCUCUGUACAAGUGGAAAGCAGGCUGGAGAGAUGGCUCAGGGGUUAAGAGCACUGACUGCUCUUCCAGAGGUCCUGAGCUCAAAUCCCAGCAACCAUCUGUCAACCAUCUGUAAUGGGAUCUGGUGUGUCUGAAAAGAGUAAAUUACCUACAUAAAAUAAACAAAUCUUUAAAAAAAAAAACAAGUGGAAAACAGUUUGUUUCUAGAAUAAUAUGCUUAUUUUUAUAAAAUUGCACACUGCCAACUUAACCCAGUAAAUGGAUACUUUUACCAUAUUUGACAGAACAGCUAAAGCUCAGAAGUUAUUGCCAGGUGAGGUGGCUCACACCUUUAACCUUAGCAUUCAGGGUGCAGGUGAAUCUCUGUGCGUCUAAGGCCAGUCUGGGCUACAUAUCUCAAAACAAUAAAUUUUACAUAUAUAUGUAUAUUUGGGCUGGAUUGCUCAAUGGCAGAGCACUUACCCAGCAUGCACAAGGCCAGGGCACAAUGCCUGACCUCUAACAACACACACGACAUAUUUUAUAAAAACAUUUAAUUAUAAUUUCUAUAUAUGUCAUAGGGUCCACAUGUUAAGGACCUUAAAAGAGCAGUGAUCUCUGAGCUGGGGAAAUAGCUUAGUGUUAGAGAGACCCAAUAGUUUAAUUCCCAGCAUCAUGAACACAAAACAGUGAUCUUAUCAAUGGAAUCCAGAUUUGUGAAUGAUUAACUUCAGCAUUGCUCUCAUUCUGAUAAUAGAACUAUUUUACUUUAGUUCUUGUUUCUAGCUAGGUUUGCUAGCCAGCCCAAGAGAUCUAGCAGUCUCUGCCUUUCCAACACUGAGAUUAAAACUGCCUAAUCAUGAGUUAGAGAGAUGGUUCAGUCAUAAAGAGCACUAUUUAUUAUUACAGAAGUGAACUCAAGUUCAAACCCCAGCACCCACACUGCAGAUCCCAGCUGUCUGUAACUCCAGUUCAUGAGGAUGACUCCCUCUUCUGGUCUCCAAGGGACCUAGGUAGGUGUGUGUGUGUGUGUGUGUGUGUGUGUGUGUGUGUGUGUAAACACACAUAUAUGCAAACAUUCAAACACAAAAAAACUUUUUCAAAAUUAAGCUAAAACAAUGUCUGCUAGCACACACAGCUUUGCCUUAAAUUUCUGUGGGUUCUGGAAAUCUCAUCCUUCCACGGCAAACAUUUUCCUGAGCUACCUCCCCAUUUCCUGCACAUUUUUUUAAAAAAAGAACAAUUUAUUAUAUGUAUAUGAGUACACGUGGCUGUUUUCAGACACAGCAGAAGAGUGCAUCAGAUCCAAUUACAGACGGAUAUGAAUGACCAUGUGAUUGCUGGAAAUUGAACUCAGGACGUCUGGAAGAGCAGUCAAUGUUCUUAACUGCCCAGUCAUCUCUCCAGCUCCUGCUGUACAUUUUUAAAAAGUGCUCCCUCGCACUGAAAAAGAUGGCUCUCUAAUUAAGGUGUUUGUCUUAGAAUUUAUCUGAAUUCCCAGCACUCAGGAUAUUGAGGCAGGAGGGUUGCGAAUUGGAGACUAGGCAGAGCCACAUAGUGAAACUCUACUCUCCUUUCACACACAUUUUAUAAAAAGAAAAAAGAGGAAAAAAAAAACUGAUCAUAUUUAACUUAGAAAAUCUGGGUCCUGAAGAGCAGAAAUCUGUGAUACAGUGCUUGCUAGCAUGAGCAAGGACCAGAGUACACAAUCGACCAGACAAACAAUCUGUUCACCGCAUCCCGCCCAUCUAUCUCCCGACACAUACACCCAUCCGUCAAACACUCACACAUGUUCUAGUCCUGCUAUUUUAAUGUGUGGUCACUAACGACUUAAAGAGUCAACAUGGCCGCUCUGCCAGCUACCAACAUGGCAAACACAGCCUCAGCGCUCCCGGAAGCACGAGACAGAACUGCGGUGAGGAUUACGUCCGCUGGUUCGCCAACCGGAAGUGGCUUUUCAUCUUGGCUCUUUAUCCGGCUGGCCUUUCGGGCGUCCGCGUGAGAAUUAGAUGUAUCUUCGUUCUAGGCUGGGGAUGUGCUAGUCCGCGCUAGGAACUAGGAUGUCGGACACGUGGAGCUCUAUCCAGGCCCAUAAGAAACAACUGGACUCGCUUCGCGAGAGACUGCAGCGGCGGCGGAAGCAGGACUCUGGGCACUUGGACUUAAGGAAUCCAGAAGCAGCACUGUCCCCAACCUUCCGUAGUGAUAGCCCAGUGCCUACUGCCCCUACCUCUAGUGGCCCUAAGCCCAGCACAACGUCUAUAGUCCCUGAAUUAGCUACAGACCCUGAGUUAGAGAAGAAGUUGCUACACCACCUCUCAGAUCUCGCCUUAACCUUGCCCACUGAUGCUGUAUCCAUCCGUCUUGCCAUCUCUACGCCAGAUGCACCUGCCACUCAAGAUGGGGUAGAAAGCCUUCUACAGAAAUUUGCUGCCCAGGAGUUGAUUGAGGUAAAGCGAGGUCUCCUACAAGAUGACGCACAUCCCACUCUCGUAACCUAUGCUGACCACUCCAAGCUGUCUGCCAUGAUGGGGGCUGUGGCAGAAAAGAAAGGCCUUGGAGAGGCAGCAGGGACUAUCACAGGGCAGAAACGGCGUGCAGAGCAGGACUUGACUACAGUGGCUACCUUUACCAGCUCUUUAGCAUCUGGUCUGGGCUCUUCAACAUCAGAACCAGCUAAGGAGCCAGCUAAGAAAUCAAGGAAGCACGCUGCCUCAGAUGUUGACCUGGAGAUAGAAAGUCUUUUGAACCAACAGUCAACUAAGGAACAGCAGAGCAAGAAGGUCAGUCAGGAGAUCCUAGAGCUAUUAAAUACCACAACAGCCAAGGAACAGUCCAUUGUUGAAAAGUUCCGCUCUCGAGGUCGGGCCCAGGUGCAAGAAUUUUGUGACUAUGGGACCAAGGAAGAGUGCAUGAAAGCCAGUGACGCUGAUCGGCCUUGUCGCAAGCUGCACUUCAGACGGAUUAUCAACAAGCACACUGAUGAGUCUUUAGGUGAUUGCUCUUUCCUGAACACCUGCUUCCACAUGGACACCUGCAAGUAUGUCCACUAUGAAAUUGACGCCUGUGUGGAUUCUGAGAGUCCUGGCAGCAAGGAGCACAUGCCGAGCCAGGAGCUUGCUCUUACACAGAGCGUUGGGGGCGACUCCAGUGCAGACCGACUCUUUCCACCCCAGUGGAUCUGUUGUGAUAUCCGCUACCUGGACGUCAGUAUCUUGGGCAAAUUUGCAGUUGUGAUGGCUGACCCACCUUGGGAUAUUCACAUGGAGCUACCGUAUGGGACGUUAACAGAUGACGAGAUGCGCAGGCUCAAUAUACCAGUACUACAGGAUGAUGGCUUUCUUUUCCUCUGGGUCACAGGCAGGGCCAUGGAAUUGGGCAGAGAAUGUCUGAACCUCUGGGGUUACGAGCGGGUGGACGAGAUCAUCUGGGUGAAGACCAAUCAGCUGCAGCGCAUCAUCAGGACAGGCCGGACAGGCCACUGGCUGAACCACGGGAAGGAGCACUGCUUGGUUGGUGUCAAAGGAAAUCCCCAAGGCUUCAACCAGGGUCUGGAUUGCGAUGUGAUUGUAGCUGAGGUUCGUUCCACCAGUCACAAACCAGAUGAAAUAUAUGGCAUGAUUGAGAGACUGUCCCCUGGCACCCGAAAGAUUGAGUUAUUUGGACGACCACACAAUGUGCAGCCCAACUGGUAACAUUACUAGACAACAGGAUUACUCUUGGAAACCAACUGGAUGGGAUACACCUUCUGGACCCAGAUGUGGUUGCCCGGUUUAAGCACAGGUAUCCAGAUGGUGUCAUCUCUAAACCUAAGAACUUAUAGGAGACAUUGAGAGCCGUGGCUCCACAGGCUGCCUGAAGAGAAGUGCUUAUGCAGUGUCCCCCACCCUGUACAUAAAUAAAAGUCUGUAUUAUAAUUGGCA